AGCACCUCGCUCGUGGCACGGUGCCCGAGUUCGCGAAGCGCACGCUGGCCUGGCGGAGCCCGGCGAACCACACGCAGCAAUGAGCGCCGCCGCAGCCGCCCCACGAAGCACCGGGCACCUUCGCCUGGACAGGAAUGUUUCGCAGAAACAAAACGAGCUAAGCGCGGAAAAGAGAUUAAGUCAUGACAAGGUGUCUCCGUUGUACCGAUGCGCACGAUCGAAAUGCUCGGGAAGCUGGUGCUGGGAUGGCCCGGCUACGGAGCCCGUGAGAUGCCCACAGUGCUCUGCCCUCAACUGCCUCGCCUGUCGGGCCAUUCACGAGGGCCUCUCGUGCGAGCGGUACAUCCUGCGUGUGGUCAAGGCUAUGGACAGUGGUGCUUUGGAGGAUUCAAAGGAAAAAAAGAAGCGGCUUCAAGAACAGGUGGAGUUGUACACCAAAGACAUCGUCGUAAAUUCAGCACCGUUCACAUGCCCAGUUUGCAAGUCUGAUGUUGCCACGGGAGAUGGAGUUUGCCUGAAAAGUUGCCACCAUUCAGUGUGUAGGUCCUGCGUGGUUCAAGCCAUAGAACGGUCUGGAACUGUGGCGGUGAAGUGCCCGUAUUCUGAAAACAAUGUUACUUGCGACAUCGAUAUUGAAGACACUGAAGUCCGAGCGCUGCUAACCAAAGAGGAGUACGAAGACUAUCUGCAGAAGGGCUUGCUGGAAGUCAAGGUGUCAGCAAAGAACUUCUUUCACUGCAAAACUGCUGAGUGCCCCUGGUGGUGCUUCAUAGAAGCGAGCGUGCCGGAAGUUGAGUGCAAGGUUUGCGGCACCAAGAACUGUGUCAAGUGCGAUGCCAUUCACCUGGGCAUGACAUGCGCCGAGUAUCAGGCUUGGCAAGCCAGCAUGAAGCAACUGGUUCCAGUGCGAUGUGAAAACGACAUGGACAAUCUCAUGGCUUUCAUGCUGCACGUUGCUUACAUGGCGUGCAUCAUAUACCUGAUAGCAAAGUGUAUUUUUCCGUAAUAGUCAUUACGCGCGGAGUUUCCGCGCUACGCUCGCACUUACACCGAGCGCACUCCAGUACGUCGUCCAUUUUUCUGUUGCUUUUCAACUAAA